AUGGGCGUUAUGUACGCUGCAUGUCCGUUCGACAAGUGGGGUAUCGACAUAGUCGGGAAGCUGCCCACGGCACCAGGGGGCAAAUGCUUUCUGCUUGUAGCGGUGGACUACUUCUCUAAGAGGGUCGAGGCUGAGGCUGUGGGGAAAAUCGAUGAGGUGACUGUGGAGCGCUUCAUUUGGCGGAAUAUAUGUUGCAGAUUUGGGGUCCCAAGGAUCAUCGUUUCUGACAACGGAACCCAGUUUACAGGGCAGAGAAUCGCGGAUUUCUGUGAUCGGAUGGAUAUCACUCAAAGAUUCGUCUCGGUAGCUCAUCCGCAAGCAAAUGGCCAAGUGGAGUUGGCCAACAGGACAAUAUGUGAAGGGAUCAAGAAGAGGCUGACUCAGAGCAAAGGCAAAUGGGUUGAAGAGCUGGAUACUCGGAGGCAAGUGUCACAGCCCACUUCCCCAAUGACGGGUUAA